CUCAUUCAUUCCCAUCAAUGCCAUCAUCCUGCUCCUACUCCUAGCAGGCUAGCCCUACCUACGUACGCAAGUCCCACCGAUCCAUCCACGACCACGAUGGUGCAGCGCACGUUCCCCGCCGAGGCCAUGUCCAUGGACCUGUCCCCGAAGAAGCCCGCCAAGGCCUACGGCGGCGACGGCGGCGCCUACUACGACUGGGCCCCCGCCGACCUGCCCAUGCUCGGCGCGGCCUCCAUCGGCGCCGCCAAGCUGCACCUCGCCGCCGGCGGCCUCUCCCUCCCCAGCUACUCCGACUCGGCCAAGGUCGCCUACGUCCUCCAGGGCGCCGGCGCCUGCGGGGUCGUCCUCCCGGAGGCCGCCAGGGAGAAGGUGAUCCCCGUCAAGGAGGGCGACGCCCUCGCGCUCCCCUUCGGCGCCGUCACCUGGUGGCACAACGCCGCCGACGCCGCCGCGGGCGAGCUCGUGGUGCUCUUCCUCGGCGACACCUCCAAGGGCCACCGCCCCGGCCGCUUCACCAACUUCCAGCUCACCGGCGCCUCCGGCAUCUUCACCGGCUUCUCCACCGAGUUCGUGGCGCGCGCGUGGGACCUCGACCAGGAGUCCGCGGCGAAGCUCGUCUCCACCCAGCCCGGCUCGGGCAUCGUCAAGCUCGCCGACGGCCACAGGAUGCCGGCGCCGCGCGCCGAGGACCGCGACGGCAUGGUGCUCAACUGCCUGGAGGCGCCGCUGGACGUGGACAUCAAGGGCGGCGGCCGCGUGGUGGUGCUCAACACGGCCAACCUGCCGCUGGUCAAGGAGGUGGGGCUCGGCGCCGACCUCGUCAGGAUCGACGCCCACUCCAUGUGCUCGCCGGGCUUCUCGUGCGACUCGGCGUACCAGGUGACGUACAUCGUGCGCGGGAGCGGGCGCGUCCAGGUGGUCGGCAUCGACGGCACCCGCGUGCUGGAGACCCGCGCCGAGGGUGGCUGCCUCUUCAUCGUGCCCAGGUUCUUCGUCGUCUCCAAGAUCGCCGACGACACCGGCAUGGAGUGGUUCUCCAUCAUCACCACCCCCAACCCAAUCUUUAGCCACUUGGCGGGGAGGACUUCGGUGUGGAAGGCUAUAUCGCCGGCGGUGCUGGAGACGGCCUUCAACACCACUCCUGAGAUGGAGAAGAUGUUCCGCUCCAAGAGGCUCGACUCCGAGAUCUUCUUCGCUCCCAACUAAAUCAUCAUGCAGCUGCUCAUCCAUCUCCGACUUGGCUAGCCACAAGCAUCUUAAAUCUAGUUUCUCUCGGACGUGGGUUUAGGAGCGUUUGUCUCUUUUUAUUUAGUUAGCAGAUGUAAUAAGCAGAUGGAUGCGGCCAUGGUUAACUUUAGUUUUAUCAAACUCUUUUCGUGAACAAUGUGAUAUGUGCUUUAAACUGCUUAGAUAGUAUCAUUCAUGGAUAGGUUUUA